AUGAAGCAGCAACAACCACUCGGGUGUGUUGCAGCAGGGGCCUGGGGCCCCACCUCGGGGUCUCCAGCAGCAGCAGAAGCAGCUGCUGCUGCAGCAGGGGCAGCAGCAGCAACAGCAUCUGCUGCUGGCGAUAUGGACGUGUCUGCUGAGUUGAGGAAGUGUCUUGCUUCCUUCCGGCAUCUGAAGCAGCUGCUUCUCUCUUCUGCUACGAGUCCUCUGCUGCUGCAGCAGCUGCUGCAGCAGCAGCCGCUGCAGCAGCGAAUUGUUGCUCUCCAAUCUUCUUUUCUCUCAUCUGUGGAUAGAGCGCUGCCUCCUUCUGUUUCUGCUGCAACAUGUAAAUCUCUGCAGCUGCUGCAGCAGCAGUGGUCGGAUGCAGUUCGCGCUUCUGUUGCCUGCCCUGAAGGCAGCAGCAGCAGCAGCAGCAGCAGCAGCAACAACAGCAGCAGCAGCAGCAGCAGCAUUCCGUGUUCUUGCUGCUCUGUUCCAUCUGAGGCGGUGCUAUCAACAGCAGCAGCAGCAGCAGCAGCAUUCCGUGUUCUUGCUGCUCUGUUCCAUCUGAGGCGGUGCUAUACGAGCUGCUGUCUGCUUAUGUGCUGCGGCACCACAGCGGCAGCAGCAACCACCAGCAGCAGCAGCAGCAGCAACAGCAGCGGCCCCACGCUGCAGCAAGUCUGCAGGGAUUUUGCUUCUAUGCUGCUGCAGCAGCAGCAGCUCGAGGCCAGGCUUCUCCAGCUGUACACGCAGCUCAACGAGCAGCCGGACCCCACAACUUGCUUGUUCAGGCAGCAGCAGCAGAGUGCACAGAGCAGCAACAGCAACAACACCAGCAGCAGCAGCAGCAACAGCAACAACACCAGCAGCAGCAGAAACAGCGCAGCAGCAGCAGCAAAUGCUGCUGCUGCCUAUGAGCUUCACGAGCUGAUGCAGCUGAGGGAGACGCUGCAGCUGCAGGAUGCGGUGGUGCUUUGCCUGGCUGCAGCAGGCCGUGCUGCUCGUGCCCUAAGCAGCAGCAACAGCAGCAACAGCAGCAGCAGCAGCAGCAGCCAGCAGCAGCAGCAGCAGCAGCAGUUGCUGCAGCUGCUGCGGCAGGCGCAGCAGCUGGGGGGUUCUUGUGCUGUUGCUGCUGUCUGCGGCAUGCCGCUGCAGCAGAUCCUAGACAUCUGCAGCAGCAGCAGCAACAGCAGCAACAGCAGCAGCAGCAGCAGCAGCAGGGCUGCACUUCUUGCAUUUGUUGAGGGGCCACGCUUUGCUUCUCUGCAUCGAGACGUGAUGAGCAGCAGCCUGCAGGGUCUCCGCGAGGCGCUGCAGCAGCAGCAGCAGCAGCAGCAGAACGGUGCAGCAGACGCAGCAGCAUUUUCACAAGGCGGUGAGGUGUAUGAGGACCUCCUCUACAGCUGCUACAUCGAUCACCCCACAGCAGCACCGUUGCUGCUGGCUGCUCAUGCUGCUGUUCUUGCUGGCUAUAAGAAGCUGCGUAGCAGCAGCAGCAGCAGCAGCAGCAGCAACAGCAACCUGACAGAUGAAGAGAUUGAUUUAUUCGUUUCUCAGGCGGCGGAGUUCGUGAUGCCUCUGUUGCCGCACGCGCUGCAGCAGCAACUGCUGCAGCACGAGCUGCUGCAGCAGCAGCAGCAGCAACAGCAGCAAGACCCUGUGCAGCAGGAGUUCGCCACUCAGCUGCUGCUGCUGCUGGAUGUAUGUCUUGCUGUUUUCCCCCUAAAGGACCUGCAGUGCCACGAGCUGUCUGUACACUCCGCAUGCGAGCUGCUCGCGCUGCUGCCGAAGCAGCGACGCCGCCUCUUCUCUCUGCUGCAGCAGGGGGGACUUACCUUGCUGCAGCAGCAGCAGCAGCAGCAGCAGCUGCACGAUGAAGGCUGCAGCAGCGGGCUCCUGCGGCUGUUGAGGGCGUACAUCUCUUUGUUUCCUUACGGGGCUCACCUCACGCUGCAGCUGCUCACAGCAAUUCUGCCGCAGCCGCAGCAAGAGCAGCAGCAGCAGCAGCAGCAGCAGCAGCAGCAAGAGGGGGGUGAGGAACAGGACUGUGAUAUUAUUGACAUGGGCUCUCCUCUGCAGUUCCUGCUGCUGCUGGCGCAGCCUCUGAGCUCUAUUUUGCUGCCUCCAGUUGACGGCUUGGUCUUCGCUGCGAGCAGCAGCAGCGACGAGCAGCAGCAGCAGCAGCAGCAGCAGCAGCAGCAGCAGCAGCGCGGUCUCUCGAGCAACCUUACAGCGGCAGCAGGGGCUUCAUAUAUUGCUGCGGCUCCCAUCCCGAUUGAACCGUGUCUGGCUUUGCUGCUGCAGCUGGAUGCACAGCAGCAGAACCCGCAGCAGCAGCUGCUGCAGCAGCAGCAGCAGCAGCAGCAAAUCGGGUUUGAUGCUGCUGCAGCAAAUGGAGGCGUCAUGUGCUGGUCUUUCAUAUCGUCAGGCUCAAGGGGGGAGGCCGUGCAGCUGCCGUUGUGGCGCUUUGUGCAGACAGCAGCAGCAACAGAAGCAGCACUGCAGCAGCAGCAGCAGCAGCAGCAGCAGCAGCAGAAGGAAGACGACGAAGACAAUGUAGAGCAACAAGGGACUGACCCGUGGAUGACUCCUACUGCGCGGCCACAACUGCAGCAGCAGCAGCAGCAGCAACAGCAGCAGCAGCAGCAGCAGGCCUUCUGGUGUCUACAGAUCGACGGUUGCAGGCUCGAGCCUGUGAGUCUACGCCAUCCAGUGUGCAGCAGCAGCAGCAGCAGCAGCAGCGGCAGCUGCAGCAGCAGCUGCUGCACAGACAGUAGCAGCAGCACGUACACAGUGCGGUGGUCUCUGGCUCCGAGCAGCAGCAGCAGCAGCAGCAGCAGCAGCACUCGCCGUCGCUUCUCUCUAUUGAAGGCUGCUUGGCUGCUGAUGGAUUUGGGGCUGCAGCAGCAAACGCACGAUGCAUGCAGCCCCCCGCUGCCCCCUGCUGCAUUCAAGUCAUGUUUGCUGCCGUGCUAUGUGGCGGACGUUGACAGGUGUCUUCUCUUCCUGCAGCAGCAGCAGCAGCAGCAGCAGCAGCAGCAGCAGUACGGGCAGCAGCAGCGCGUGGCCUGCAAGUGCCUAGUCGAGCUGCCGCUGCAGCACCACGAGCUGCUGUUGGCUCCUGAGCUCUUGCAUUCUGGUUGGCGUCUGCUGCAGUUUUGCUGCGCCCCGCAACAGCAGCAGCAGCAGCAGCAGCCUCGGGGCGUUCUCCCGCUGCAGCAGCUGCUGCAGGCGCUUGCAGCAGCAGUACAAGAAGAAAGAGAUAUAAGAACGUUCACAGUACUAAGAAGCACCCUGCUGUUUUUGCUGCAGCUGCUGCUGUCGGUACCUCCUGCUGCAUGGACAGUCCCCUGGCAGCAGCAGGGGUUGCUAGCAGCAGCAGCAGCAGCAGAAGGCCUCGAGCAGCUGCAGCACAGCAGACGUCGCCACAGCAGCAGGAGUGCAGCAGCCCAUGGAGGAAGCAGCUGCGGGGGUGCUGCUGCUUCUGUUGCGUCCCUUGCGUAUGUGUAUUUGCUGCCGCAGCUGCAGCAGCAGCAGCAGCAGCAGCAGGAUGCCUCCGACGCACAGCUGGAAGCAGCAGCGCAGCAGCAAGCACUGGCAACGGCGAUGCUGCUGCUGUUCGUGAUGCUGCUGUGCGGGGGUCUCAUAGACAGCUCGAGGUAA